UUCCCCUACGCUUUCUGGUUAUUUAAACCCAAGGUGGCGGCUCAUUUGUCUUCACUCUUCCUCCGAAAAUGGACAGGGCAACCAGUUCUUCUUCAUCUUCUAUCGAGAGCAGCAACCACUUUGCUUUCUCAAACACCGGCGCUUCUUCUUCCUCGCAGAGGGACCUCAGCACUGAUCUCAGGCUUGGUCUUAGCAUUUCAACCUCUCCUUCUUAUGGAAGGGAGCAACAAUCGGAUUGGCCACCAAUCAAGCCGCUGCUACGGCAGGCGCUUGUGGAAGAUGAAAAUGAGUGCAACAGUGCAACUUUCUUUGUUAAGGUUUACAUGGAAGGGAUUCCUAUUGGCAGAAAACUAGACCUGUUGGCUCACGAGAGUUACUAUGACCUGAUAAAGACUCUUGAACAAAUGUUCAACGCAAACAUUAUCUGGGCUGAGGCUGAGGUGGAUGCAGAUCAUUAUGAGAAAUAUCAUGUGCUAACAUAUGAAGACAAGGAAGGGGAUUGGAUGAUGGUUGGUGAUGUUCCUUGGGAGAUGUUCUUGUCAGCUGUGAGGAGAUUGAAGAUCACCAAGUGCUGAAUUUUGAUACAAAAUCUUUCUGUCUUUUUCUCUUUUCUCUUGCUGCCUUUUGUGGAGUGGAAAUCACUAGGUAGCUAGGCAGAAAAUAUAGGGUGGGAUAUGUUUAGGAUUUCGAAUGUACAUUCGCAUACUAAAAUGAUAGUAACAAGCAUCAGUUUUGUCUUU